GAUCAAAAUGGACCCAGACUCAUCAUUACCCUCGGUGAGGUCACUUUUGUCCGUGUUUGUGAAGAAGGGUCACGGACCUCGGAGAGAACAGGUCGCAGCCCACUGCCCAAGCAAGGUCGGCUCAAAGACGUGACCUCCGGCCUGCUGUCACUCAGGCGGGCGGGGGCGGGGCCGUGCGAACUGUCCAAUCAGGGGAGUCGCCGGAACCGUGCGUGCGGGCGACGCGCUGUGGACGGCGGGGACUGUGUGCCGUCGCUGCUGUCCGGCCGAAGCUCGCGUCCCCUCUCGCUGUCCUGAGAGCCUUCGGGAGCUUCCGCCACAUCCUCUGUGGCCGUGACGUCCGCCGGCCGCGGCAGUCGUAUGGUGGUUCGACCGGCUACCCCAGAAAGCGAGCAAUGGACUCAGUGACCUUUGAGGAUGUGGCUGUGAACUUCAGCUUGGAAGAGUGGGCUUUACUGGAUUCUUCGCAGAAGAAACUUUACAGAGAUGUGAUGCGGGAAACCUUCAGAAACCUGGCCGCAAUAGAGAAAAAAUGGAAAGAUCAUGACACCGAAUAUAGGUACAAUACCCAGGGGAGAAGACUAAGAAGUCAUAUGGCAGAAAAACGUGAAAGCAAAGAGGGUCGUCAGUGUGGAGAAACCAUCACUCAGACUCCAGAUCUUAAUCUGAACAAGAAAACGCCUUCUGGAGUAAAACCACCUGAAAGGCAUCAGUGUGGAGAAACCAUCACCCAGACUCCAGAUCUUAACCUGAACAAGACGACGCCUUCUGGAGUAAAACCAUGUGAAUGUAGCGUGUGUGGAAAAGUCUUUGUGCGUCAUUCAUCCCUUAAUAGGCACAUCAGAUCUCACACUGGACAUAAGCCAUAUGAGUAUCACGAAUAUGAAGAGAAGCCAUAUAAGUGUAAAGAAUGUGGGAAAGCCUUCAGCUACCGCAAGUCUGUUCAUAGACAUGAAAGGACUCACACUGGAGAAAAACCCUAUGAAUGUCAGGAGUGUGGGAAAGCUUUCACGUGGCUCACAACUUUCCGAAGACACAUGAUCACUCACACAGGAGAUGGACCUUACAAAUGUCAGGAAUGUGGGAAAGCUUUUAGUUGUUCUACUUCGUUGCGAACACAUGAAAGGACUCACACUGGAGAGAAACCCUAUCAGUGUAAACAGUGUGGGAAAUCCCUCCGGUCGCCUCUGGGUUUGCGAAUACACGAAAGAAAUCACACUGGAGAGAAACCCUAUGAAUGUAAGCAGUGUGGUAAAGCCCUCAGUUGUCCCAGUUCCUUUCGAAGACAUGAAAGGACUCACACUGCAGAGAAACAGUAUGAAUGUAAACAGUGUGAGAAAACCUUCAGUUCUCCUCUAGGUUUGCGAAUACAUGAAAGAAUUCACACAGGAGAGAAACCUUAUGAAUGUAAGGAAUGUGGGAAAGCCUUCAUUUCUCUGUCAAGCAUUCGAACACACAUGAUCACACACACUGGAGAUGGACCUUAUAAAUGUAAGGAAUGUGGGAAAGCCUUCAAUUUUCCCAGUUCAUUUCGAAUACAUGAAAGAACUCACACGGGAGAGAAGCCCUAUGAAUGUAAACAAUGUGGUAGAGCCUUUAGUUGUUACACAUCCUUUCGAACACAUGAAAAAACUCACACUGGAGAAAAACCCUAUGAGUGUAAAGAAUGUGGAAAAGCCUUUAUUUAUCGCACUACCUUUCGAGGACACGUGAGAAUGCACACUGGAGAGAAACCAUACAAAUGUAAAGAAUGUGGAAAAGCCUUUAGCGUCCCAAUUCAUUUCGAAGGCAUGAGAGAUCUCAUACUGAAUAGAAACCUCUUGAAUGUAAGCAGUGUGGGAAAAACAUCAAUUGACCUUCAUCCUUACAUGUGAAACCCCCCCCCGGAAAGAAAUCCAACAAAUAUAAGAAAGCCUGAUACAAAUUAAUCCAUGUAUAAUGUUCCAGAAAACUAACAUGAAAGAAUCAUAAAAGUUAUAAAUAUAUUAUCAGUGCCUCAUUCUUAAAGUGGAUCUCUGGACUGUGGAUAUUUACUACUUUCAAAAAUGAACACUGAGGUGAGAUAAUUCUGUAAGUACUCUUAUUACUGUUGUUUAAAGAUUAAUAGAUAUUUGUUUUCUCCUUAAAUCAGUUGAUAACAUUUUUCUCUUUCCAUUUUGGAGUUUGCUUGAUCCAUGGGUGAAUUGGAAUGGUUUCUAAAUGUGCAAGUAGAUUUAAUUUUUAUAUAAUGUUUUAAUUGAAUUAUCGAUAAAUGUUUUGGUAUUUUCUUACUGGCCUCCUGUGUCAGCUACUGGAUAUCCGUUACCCAUCAUACACUCCAUCUUUCUUGGGAGAAAACCAAUUCUUUUUUGGCCAGAAGAGCCUUAAUUCCAUUUUCCUUGCUAAUAAAAAGAUGGCAUAAAUUUGUAAAUAUGCAGUUUAUUAUGAAGUAUCGUCUGAUCAGUUAUUUCCAUCUUUUGGCCUUUGCCAUUCCUUCUGGCUGAGAUUUGAAUAAUCAAUUUUGCAUUAAGACAGACCAGUCACUGGAUAAUAAAAUGUAGAAUUGGAGAUGGCACUCCUAAAUUAUGUUUUGUCACCUGGAUAAUGUGACAUUUUCUAGAAUCUGUUUCCUUUAUGAUUCUAUACCUGUAGCCUCACUUGUGUAAGAUUUGAAAGGCAGGAGUACAGGAGGCAUCAGGUUUCAGAGCCACCAGACAGAGCUGUACAGGAGCUUUGAGGAUCCCUGCUUACAGCCUAUUUUCCUGAUCUCUUGCCCUGCUAGUCAAGAGUGUCCUCAAAACCACAAUUAACUGCUCGACUUCAUUUCUCAGAGGCGUAGGUUUCCACAUAUACCUCCACAAGUUCGGCAUCAAAGAUCCAUCACAGUUUGGAUUUUCCUGCCAGCCCUCAUGUGUCCACCAGGCAACUAAUCUGAACUUUCAUGGUUGGGAGUACUCUCUGUUGCCCAGACUCUCCUCUGUAUUGCAUUCAUUUAAGGUCUAAUUUGUGUAGUCAAUACCUUGUUUUGGUAAUACUGCUAGUGACCAUGUACUCCUGAUUCCACUGUGAGUGCUACAGUGACCAGAAGAACACCGUGGACUUUGUUCCUCCACUGCAGCUACUGCUCUGGCCCUGUCCUUCUCUAGGACAGCUGGCCCCUCCCUCCUGUCAGGCAGGUUUGCUCAGCUGUGUGUAAUUCCUCGGUAUGUUUUCAAGUGUGGUUGAUUGUAUGUGAUUAAAAGCAAUGCAUUUG